AGCGCUCUCCGGACGGUUCACGCUCCGCGUGUGGAUCGCUUUGGGGGCUCCCGCGCACCCGCGCCGCUCGUUCCCGGCUCCGGUGCCGCGCUGUGCGGCCGCGCGCUUGGUCGGCGGCCAUGUGUUCGCUAGCGGCGGGGAACGGCCGUGGCGCCGAGCUGGGGCCGGAGCCCCUGGAACUGUCGGACAGCGGAGACGACGCGGGCUGGGAGGACGAGGACGCGGACACUGAGCCCGCGCACGGCCGGCAGCACACACCCUGCCUGUUCUGUGACAGGUUGUUCGCCUCUGCUGAGGAAACGUUUUCACACUGUAAGUUGGAGCAUCAAUUUAAUAUUGAUAGUAUGGUCCAUAAACAUGGACUUGAAUUUUAUGGAUACAUUAAACUAAUAAAUUUUAUUAGACUUAAGAAUCCUACGGUUGAAUAUAUGAAUUCCAUAUAUAACCCUGUGCCUUGGGAAAAAGAUGAGUACCUGAAGCCAGUGUUGGAAGAUGACCUUUUGCUUCAGUUUGAUGUAGAAGAUCUUUAUGAGCCUGUGUCUACUCCAUUCUCAUACCCCAAUGGACUCAGUGAAAGCGCAUCUGUUGUUGAGAAGUUGAAGCACAUGGAAGCGCGGGCGCUGUCUGCUGAGGCUGCCUUGGCUCGGGCGCGUGAGGAUCUGCAGAAGAUGAAACAAUUUGCUCAGGACUUUGUGAUGAACGUAGAUGUCAGAACCUGCUCCUCCACGACGACCAUUGCAGACCUGCAGGAGGAUGAGGAUGGCGUCUACUUCAGCUCCUAUGGGCAUUAUGGGAUACAUGAAGAAAUGCUAAAGGACAAAGUACGCACAGAAAGUUACAGAGAUUUCAUAUACCAAAAUCCACACAUCUUCAAAGAUAAGGUUGUUCUGGAUGUUGGGUGUGGAACUGGAAUUCUCUCCAUGUUUGCUGCCAAAGUUGGGGCAAAGAAAGUGAUUGCAGUCGACCAGUCUGAAAUCCUCUACCAGGCUAUGGAUAUCAUAAGACUAAAUAAACUUGAAGAUACCAUUGUACUAAUUAAAGGAAAGAUUGAAGAAGUGAGUCUUCCUGUGGAAAAGGUGGAUGUUAUUAUAUCAGAGUGGAUGGGCUAUUUUCUUCUUUUUGAGUCGAUGUUGGAUUCUGUCCUUUAUGCUAAGAGUAAAUACUUGGCAAAAGGGGGAUCGGUCUACCCUGACAUUUGCACCAUCAGCCUUGUAGCUGUGAGUGAUGUGAGCAAGCACGCCGAUAGAAUUGCCUUCUGGGAUGACGUCUAUGGCUUCAACAUGUCCUGCAUGAAGAAAGCAGUUAUACCGGAAGCUGUUGUGGAAGUUGUGGAUCACAAGACUCUUAUUUCAGACCCUUGUGAUAUCAAGCACAUAGACUGCCACACCACGUCUAUCUCAGACUUGGAGUUUUCUUCAGAUUUUACCCUGAGAACCACAAAGACGGCCAUGUGCACGGCAGUUGCUGGGUACUUUGAUAUAUAUUUUGAGAAGAAUUGCCACAACAGGGUCGUGUUCUCUACUGGCCCCCAGAGCACCAAAACACACUGGAAACAGACAGUAUUUCUGCUGGAAAAACCUUUUCCGGUUAAAGCAGGUGAAGCUCUGAAAGGAAAGAUCACAGUUCACAAGAAUAAGAAGGAUCCUCGUUCCCUCAUUGUGACCCUGACUUUGAACAGUUCAACCCAGACUUACAGUCUCCAGUGACAGUCAUGGCCUCCAGCUGCCACAAAGUCUGAAGCACAUCCAGCUGUCUGUCUUUAAAGCGGAAUAGGGCAGUGACCGGGAUGGGCAGGCUCCAUGGGACUGUAGCACAGCUGAUCCUGGCCCUGCAACUACUGGGUAGUAAGCCUAGAUAAAGCAGAGCUCAGCGGAGGAUCCCGCCCUCCUCCCUCCUCCUGCUUCUGCUCCUAGAGAUCCUAGUCACAGAAGCCUGCCUGGCCAGGUUAGCUGAGGAGACUUCCUCUCCUGCUAGACUGAGAGUCAUUUGAAUUGGCUUACUUUUGGAACAGUAAUAAUCCUGUUUUUUUUUAAUAUAGAUAUACGUUUCUUACUAUAAAUUUUGUUUUUAAUAAUGAGCAGCACAAAGCAGUGUUUUACUGUAGAUUUCCUUUCUAGAGGAACAAUUUUUAGUUACACUUUUUGCUGAAAUAUCAGGAUAUCUCAAGACUAGAGAGCCAGUGGACAAACAUCCUGUUUGCAGAGGCUGUGCUGCGGUCCCCUCUACCCACCUGCAGCUCUCUCUCAGCUGGGCCUCUUCAGUGUUCUUCAGCCAUGGCCUAGCAUUGUGGGGAAGUCUAACUUCAGGAUGUAGCCUAUGUGUGACAGACUGCUCUCCAGGAUGGGGUAGAUGUUGCCUCUCUAAAAUGCUGCCUUUUCAGAUCAGGUUUGCACCAAGGUCAUGUAUCCGUCUGCUAAUUCUAGAAAAUCAUGUUAUUCGGGUCGAAAGAAUGAAAAAUAUCCAAUAAAUAUGCAACUAUUGAAAGCUUCUGCAUC